AUGAGGACACGGAGCAUGGCGUCCAAACCCGAACCAGUCCCCUCCACCCACGGGACGGCGGCUCGUGCCCCAGCGCGGGCCUCCGUGAGUGCCUCCACCCACGGGACGGCGGCUCGUGCCCCAGCGCCGGCCUCCGUGAGUGCCUCCACCCACGGGACGGUGGCUCGUGCCCCAGCGCCGGCCUCCGUGAGUGCCUCCACCCACGGGACGGCGGUUCGUGCCCCAGCGCCGGCCUCCGUGCGUGCUCCCACCUACUGUGCCACCGUGCAGAGAUGCGUUGCGCUCCUUGACUGGUGGCUGGUGAGGGGUCAAGGCGGCAAGAUCCGUGUUGCCGGGUACAUCGACAACGUCGAGAAGAAUCGAGCAGGUCGAGUAAUCAGUUCUGGUUCCAUUACGGUGCGGCAUGCUGAUGGUACUCUUGAGACUGCAGAUAACAAAAUUGUAUUAACUAGGGGUCCAUUAAAUAUCGAACAGAUGCAUUGCAAUGGAUUUUCUCGUGAGGUUUCAGAACAGUUCAGGCUUGGUUUUCCUAUUCAAUGGGAGAAAUAUGCUAAUUCUAACAUGAAACAGGUGAAUGAACACACACUAUCUCCAGCAAAAUCAACUGAAUAUUGUGUAGAGAAGUUCUUGCGCAGCAGCUUUGCCAAUUCAAUGGAACAUACUUUGACAGAGUUUGAUUUCAGAACAUCCAAAGAGUCUACUGGUAAUACAGAUGGACCUGGGCUUCCAAACUAUGUAAAACCAAGAAUUCAGGAACCUUCUGGCAAUAGUGGUGGUUAUGAUAUCUCAGUGAGCAACAUGGCUGCAUCUGAGGGAUUAUGUAAUGAUAGGAUGGGUAUGCCUGAUGAAUCUUUUGAAGAUCCUGGACCUGGAGAAACAUGUAAUGGUCAAGCAUCUAGAGCAGAUAAUUCACAUGAAGAUAUAGAGACAGAUGCAAGUGGGCAGAGGAUUGUUACUCACUCCAUGGACUCUACUUUAGUUAAUAAUGAUAUAUAUAAAAUAGAAGAAGAACAUGGAUCUUCCAAGUUGGGCAACAGCUCAGUGUGUCCCGGAACAGAACAUGUGUUAGAAGCACUAAACCAAGGGGCGAGUCCAGAGAAUGGAAGUGUUCAGUGUUCAAGAAGACUACGGAGCGGCAAAGUGUGCGGAAUGUCUAAUGGUGCGUCAUUGAAGAGGCGGUACUCCAAGAGGAAGACAAUGCAGCACGAAACAUUGUGUAUGAAGGUGAUACCAACUGAAGAGACAACACCCCCUGCCGGUCCGACUUGUCACAAAAAGGGUGGCUCAGUUGCUCAAAUCACUGCUUUGGAUAAGCUUCAAUCACAUGAUUCGGGUCGUAAAGGAAGCGGAAGACCUAGAAAGAAGGCGAGGAGGUAA